AUGCCCAAGCCUCAACCGAAAUUUCCCACCAAUACACCGACUUUCGCUGCCCAGACCUCUCCGUGCAUGCCCCCAAUCACAGGCUCCCCCGUCAUUCUGCAUAUCCAUAUCGAAGCACAAUGGUGGGGAAGGGGUCUCGUGCUGCAUCUUGGGCACCGAUUCACCGACAUUGACGACGGGGGGGCUGGUACGACAAGCAAGCAUGGCAUGGGCGUGUAUAAAGGAGGUUGCGCUCGUGCGACAAACUUCUCUGUUCCUCUUCUUUUUCUUCUCCUUUCUUUCGCGCGCGCCUCUCGCCGAAUUUUUUUGCAAUGCCUUUGGUGCGAAGCUUCGGCAUGCAUCAUUAACACACACAACUCCACCUUAACACCAGCCCGACCAUUUCUCCUUACACGGAGGGGAAACGGGCGCAAAACAAAUACAAAGAAAAGCUUGGGCGCCCCCAAAAAGCAUGCCUGGCAAUUGAGCUGGGAAGAAUCACAGCAUGUACAGGUUUUUUCCCCUGUCCUGCCUCAUCGGGCUGCUGCUCUUGCUCGUGGCCACCGCCCUUGCCACCGUCGACCUGCCAAAAGCCGCCAUCGCCGCGCCGGCACCGGCACCGGCACCGGCACCGGCAGUCCGCCGCCGCCGCCAGCCGCAACAGUCGGCCGGCUCGGCGUGCUCCGACGAGGGCCAGUGGAACUGCAUGACGAGCAGCUGGCAGCGCUGCGCCGCCGGCCGCUGGAGCGUGGUCGUGCCGUGCGCCAAGGGCACGACGUGCUACCCCGCGGGGCUGACGCGCGACCUGCGCAUCCAGCAUGA